AUGGCAACGAGGGAGCCAAUGGCUGUUCUUCAAGAUCAGAACCGGAACUUCUCUUACCCACCAUCCGAGAGCAUGAAAAUGGAAAAGCUGUUUGGGCAAAAAUCUUCAUGCCUCGAACUGAUGGCUUUAAGCAAUGUAGUCAAUGUUAAUCCCAUUAUGUCUCAAAGUCAUAAACGAAAGAGAGUUAUUACAAGAGUGAAGGUAGAAAGCUUAUAUGAUAGUUCCGAAGCUCAGUCUUCUGUUAUGGCAAGAGCAAAGGAGGUUGAAGCAAGCCUAGAUCCUAGGUUCCCUGUCCUGCUCAAAGUUAUGAUGCCAUCACAUGUUACUGGAGGAUUCUGCCUUAAUAUUCCGAAGAAAUUUAGCUGUCAGCAUUUGCCAAAACAAGAUACAAUGAUUAUUUUGGAAGAUGAAGAUGGGAAGGAAUUCGAAACGAAAUAUCUUGUGGAGAAGGGUGGACUGAGUGGUGGAUGGAGAGGGUUUUCAAUUGCUCACAAGCUACUGCAGGGAGAUAUUGUGAUUUUCCAUGUAGUGGCGCCUUUUAAAAUUAAGGUGUAUAUUGUUAGAUCAAACGGUUUAGAUGAAGUGGACUGCGUUCAUGGCCUUAUGAGGUUAGAUGCUUGCACUAAACAGAUUGAUGCUGGACAGAUUAUUCCAUAUGAAACCGAAAAGUCUGGUCCGGUAUCAGAUCAGUCUGAAAAUGAUAGUGAAGAUCUUGGUUUUGAAUUUAUGGAUGGACUUAGACUUGCAGAGUCUGAUGUCACUUUCAAAGAAGUGAAAUGCAUGGUGAACUUCACCGUUGUCGUCAAUGGUUUAGUCAUAAAUUCUGAGUUUUCGAAUUACAUUCUGACCAAGUAUUAUGAGCUUUGUUGCAGUCAAAAAGCAUUCCUUCAUGAACAUCUUCUUGAGGGUCUGAACUGCAAAUUGAUAGCUGGAGUGAUUUCUGAGACAGUCAACAUUGCAGAUGCCAUCAGGGCCUGCAAGAUUACUACCACCGAAGGUGAUUUUUCCACUUGGAGUAAGACUUUGAAAGCUUUUGAGGAUUUAGGCAUGAAUGCCGGGUUCCUGCGUGCCCGGCUGGACCGGCUUGCAAGUCUUGCUUCAGAAUCAAAAAGAUUGAAGGAGGCUAGACUUGAAAAGGACCAUCCAGAAGAAGAGAUGAGGAGCUUGGAUGCAAAUCCUUUGGAAGUAAAAGAGACCAUAAAUAUGACUUCAAUUCUCGAACUUACAUUCCAAGAAGUGGCUAAAGCCCCUUGGUGA